GUGAAGCGUAUUAUUUCAGACAUAAGGAAAGCGCUUCGCAGAAUUCCUGAUAUCUACUUGAGAGUUGAUAGGAAAUUUUCACUCAAUAAAAUUGAAGCAGGGAGAUCAUGUCUGGCUACGUUGCUCGUAAAGGACCUUUGGUUUUUUCCAAAAUGGGAAAAUGGGCCUACAAUUUAUCUGGAUUCAAUCAAUACGGUUUACACCGUGAUGACUGUUUGUAUGAAACUGAAGAUGUAAAGGAAGCUGUACGCCGUCUACCACGUAAAACGUACGAUGAGCGCAACUACCGUAUUAUGCGGGCAUUGCAUCUGUCGAUGACGAAAACAAUUUUACCCAAAGAACAAUGGACAAAAUACGAAGAGGAUGAAAAAUAUUUGGAACCAUAUUUGAACGAAGUUGUUCGAGAACGUGAAGAACGUGAAGAGUGGGUAAAGAAUCAUUAAAGUUUGGAGAAGCUUUCAUGUCAAUGUGAUUUUUCGUAACUAAUAAAAGAAAAACAUAAAAAAAUUGUUUAAACGGACAAUACAAACUGUUAA